AUGGCCGCGUCCGAGGACGACAGCAGCUGCCUGGUGUCGCGGGGCCGCUCGCAGAGCGACCCCAGCGCCCUCGCCGACUCCGGCUCCUCCUCCGCCGCCGACCCCCGGGAGAGCCCAGAUGAGAUGGAGCAAACGCCACCAGUGCGCUCCGAGUACCUGGUCCCAGGGAGCCGAACUCCCCCCGUGAGGAGGAACAGCAAGCUGGCCACCCUAGGCCGCAUCUUCAAACCCUGGAAAUGGAGGAAAAAGAAAAACGAGAAGCUGAAGCAGACGACAUCGGCUCUGGAGAAGAAGAUGGCCGGCAGGCAGGGCCGAGAGGAGCUCAUCAAGCAGGGGCUGAUGGAGAUGAUGGAGCAGGAUGCGGAGAGCAAGCAGUGUGGCCCCCACGGCGGCUCCCGACCCACACCGAGCGAACCCUCCGCCGCCCCCCAGGAGGCGCCCCCCUCGGAGGACACCCAGCCAGGAAGCCCCCCGCCCUCGGGGACCGACCAGGCCUCCCGGGAGGAGCCGCCGGCCCCGGACGCCCCUUUGGACGACAGAGCCAAGAUGCCAUCUGCGUCCAGUGAGGACGAAGCGGACCCUGACAGCCUCCCGCCCACUGCUGACGAGCUCUCGCAAGCCUUAGCGGGGACCGAUGCCCCGGACUGUCCUCUCCGACCGCUGGAGAGAUGCUCGGGCCAGCUCCCCAGCCCCCCACGGCUGCCCACCCCGCCCCCCAAGGGAAGCUGCAAACUCACAAAAAGUGUCACAGGCCAAGCUGCACUCUUCCAAGGCCCCGGCAUGAAGAGCGCCGAGCCCCCCCUCCGGGGACAGCUGUCUACCCCCACCGUCCCGCACCUCACCACCGUCCACCGGCCGCUACCCCCCAGCCGCGUGAUCGAGGAGCUGCACCGGGCACUGGCCACAAAGCACCGACAGGACAGUUUCCAGGGCCGGGAGAACAGAGGGUCUCCCAAGAAGCGGGUGGACGUCCGCCUGUCCAGAGCGUCCAGCAUGGAGCGGGGCAAGGAGCGGGAGGAGGCGUGGAGCUGCGACGGCGGCGCGGCCGAGGGCAAGUGGGUGGUGGCCAAGGAGUCGGAGGAGAACAAGGAGAACCUGCUCCUGAGCGCCGAGCUCAAGGACGACUUGCUCCUGUAUCAGGAUGAAGAGGCGCUGAACGACUCCAUCAUCUCUGGCACGCUGCCGCGGAAAUGCAAGAAGGAGCUGCUGGCGGUGAAGCUGAGGAACCGGCCCAGCAAACAGGAGCUGGAGGACCGGAACAUCUUCCGGAGGACGGACGAGGAGAGGCAGGAGAUCCGGCAGCAGAUUGAGAUGAAGCUCUCAAAACGGCUGAGCCAGAGACCCGCCGUGGAGGAGCUGGAGAGGAGGAACAUCCUGAAGCAAAGGAACGAUCAGACAGAGCAGGAAGAGAGACGAGAAAUCAAGCAAAGACUGACAAGAAAGCUUAACCAGAGGCCCACUGUUGAUGAAUUAAGAGACAGAAAAAUCCUGAUACGUUUCAGUGAUUAUGUGGAAGUAGCAAAAGCCCAGGACUAUGACCGGAGGGCGGACAAGCCCUGGACACGGCUGUCAGCGGCAGAUAAGGCAGCAAUUCGUAAAGAAUUAAAUGAAUACAAAAGUAAUGAAAUGGAGGUACAUGCAUCAAGCAAGCAUUUGACAAGAUUCCACAGGCCAUAGAGAUUUUCUUCUGAGAAGAAUUUGUGUUUAACUUUUGAUACCAACACUGAAC